CCACCUGAUACUGGAGGCUUGUCCAUGGCUGCGCCAGAUCUGAGGGCGGAGCUGGACUCGCUGCUCCUGCAGCUACUUGGGGACCUGGAGGAGUUAGAGGCGAAGCGGGCGGUGUUGAACACCCGGGUGGAGGAGGGAUGGCUCUCGCUCGCCAAGGCUCGCUACGCCAUGGGCGCCAAGUCUGUGGGACCCCUGCAGUAUGCUUCCCGAAUGGAGCCCCAGGUCUGCGUCCGUGCCAGUGAGGCCCAGGAUGGCUUCCAGAAGUUCAGGGUGGUGAGAGCUGGCGUCCAGACUCCAGAGGAGGUGGGACCGCGUGAGGAAGGUUUGCGCAGGCGCAAGGGCCCCACUAAGACCCCAGAGCAAGAGUCCUCUGAAGGCCCCCAGGACCCUCUGAACUGGUUCGGAAUCCUGGUUCCUCACAGUCUACGGCAGGCCCAAGCUAGCUUCCGCGAUGGCCUACAGCUGGCUGCAGACAUAGCCAGCCUUCAGAACCGCAUCAACUGGGGGCAAAGCCAGCUCCGGGGGCUCCAGGAGAAACUCAAGCAGCCAGAGCCCGGGGCUGCCUGACUUGCACUCACAGAGGCAGAGCAGCGAGCAUAGCUGUUCUGGGAUAUGGCUGCCUCAUCAGAGGCCUUCUCCCUUCACAAGUACCCUUGUCCCACCCCACCCUAGCUAAUGUCCCCUCUGUGUCCUUGGUCUGCAUGUUUUCACUUUUGUUAGGUGUGAAGUUUUAAGAGGUGAUUGAGCAUUGAAACCAUUUCUAGGUCUGUGCUCUUAGAGGACACACUCUGAUGGGCCAAGUGCCUGUUUACUCAGCAAGUCAUGGGUUGGAUAUGGUUUUAUUUCAGGGUGAUGAAACGCUGGACUGACAGUGGUGGGGAAGGACAGGCAGAAGUAGUUCAGGUUCAGUAGAUCCUCAACAUAGAACUUGCAGGAGGAAAAAACCAUGAAUGGCUGAAAGACCAGGACAAUAUGAUUUGAGUUAAUAAAAAUAAAACACUUGAGUGGAUGGGCAGCCCUUGGCAGGGUCUAAGCCAAGAACUAGAAAAAAAGAUUUGAAUUAGAUUAAGGGAACGCUCAGAUUAAGGGAAUUCUCGGAAAAGACCUUCCAGGUUUUAAGAAUCCUGCCUUUAUUUUACCAAGCCUCUCUUCAUUUGUUGAAGGGCCAAUUGUUUCCUAUUACAAGAACUUACUUCAUUUUUCUACUGCGUUGUUGAUCUUUUUAGCAAUUUCUAGGAGCUCCUUAUGUUUGGGAAACUUAGUCCUUUGUAUAUGAGAUGUAAAUAUUCCUUUAACUUUGCUUAUGGUGUUUUUUUUUUAACUU